GUUACCGACAAAAGGCGUCCUAGGGCUGGGCGCCACCUUAGAACCUGAAAUAUAAAUUUAAAAGUCGUUCGCGUGGUUGAAAAUUUGUUAUCGUUACUUUUGACCGGUAAUAACAUGAUGCUAUAUUUCCCAAUUAUUGUGGAUACCGAGCCACUAUAAAUGUCAGUUGAUUAUGCAUCCAAGCUGUCGUACUAUCCCAACAAAGGUGUUUCUGGUAUACCUGAGGUUUUUGAUGAUGAUUCUCAACUGAAUUCCAAACUCGGUGAACUUGCUAAUCUGGUACGUCAAUCCUCGUACAUAGUUGUGCAUACUGGAGCUGGUAUUAGCACAUCAGUAGGUAUACCAGACUUUCGAGGUCCUAACGGUAAGUUUCACCCCUGCAAUGACUACUCCUUUUAGGUGUCUGGACAUUGGAGAAAGUUGGGAAGAAACCUAAACUUUCUGUGCCUUUCGAAAAGGUGAUUCCAUCACUAGCACACCGAGCUCUUGUUGAGUUAGAAAAACAUGAUAUUGUCAAAUUUUUAGUAACUCAAAAUAUUGAUGGAUUGCAUCUGAGAUCUGGCUUUCCAAGAGACCGUUUGGCUAUUUUGCAUGGUGAUAUGUUUCUUGAGUCAUGCAAAGCUUGUGGGACAUUGUAUGCUCGAUCCACACCUUCAGAAUCAGUGGGUUUGCGGCAGUCAUCAGUUGCAUGCACCUAUUUGAAACCUAACAAACGGUGUUGCAGAGGCAAACUGCACGAUACUAUUCUUGACUGGGAAGAUGACCUGCCACUUUUGGAUUAUAACUUGGCAAUAGAACAUUCAAAGAAAGCAGAUCUUCACAUAUGUAUUGGCUCAUCACUACAGAUGUUCCCGGCUGCCGAUUUUCCUCUUACAAAUGUUUGUAAAACUAUGAAGUACAGCAGUGACAAAAAAUCUUCGUCUUUCGUUCAUAGUUGUAAUAAAACUGAAAGCUCAAAGGAUCCUGGCUCAAAACUAGUAAUUAUUAAUCUACAGCCAACAAAAAUGGCUAAAUACGCGACUUUGAACAUUCAUGCAACCGCUGACUUCGUAAUGAAAAUAUUGUGUGAAAAGUUGAAUGUCUUGAUCCCAUCCACAUCUCCACUCAGUGAUGGUUUAUAUUCGCCAUCAAUUGUUUUACGGUCAAUGCACUCCAAUUUGAAAGUGCCAUGUUCAUGGCGUAUUCUCCCGCAUCCAUCCAAUGAACAUACAAUCCAUAUUGCUGAAACUGGCAUACGGUUUCUGUUUGUGUUCAAUUUACAGCCGGGUUAUUUACAUCCAGAUGAAUAUUUUCAAGGGAUUGAAGUUGCUGCGGGUGACAUUUAUAAUCGGAAUGUAUUGAGGACAUGGGAAUUCCACUUAGAUGAUAAAGGUCCUCUCAGAUCUGUAGUUGGAAUGGCACCUUUUGUACAUAUCCCAAUUCAAGCUGCCAAAUGGAUUUAUAAUGGGUUCAAUUCCAAAACUGAAAAAACUGACUUCAGUGGAUCUGAAAUGUUUAAUAGAAUUCUGUUUCCCUCUCGGUUGGUCACUGUACUUAGUUCAUGUUUAGUCGAUAUUUUCAUAUUAAGCUGUUGCAUAUAUGUUGGUCGUCAUCGGUUUUCAGUAAAGCUAACUAAAAUUCAAGAAAUUAUACAUUCUGUGCGAAAUCAUUCUGUACCAACAGCUUUAUUAAUUUAUGCAUCAUGCGCAUUCGGUGGGAGUUUAUGGUCUACGCGUACAAUUGCCAAUGUAUGGGAGUCUAUUUAUGUUUCUUUAUUUGGUCUACUAUUCUUCGAAAUUUUAAAUCGUUUAGAACAAUCAUCAGAUGCUACUGUAAAUAAACAAUGCUUAAUUAGUUUUUUAUGUAUUCAGUCUGCAAUUGUUGUAUGGGGUACAUUCUUACGACCUACUUAUCUAUUGUUUAUUCUUCCUUUAGGAAUUAUUGAAUUAGCAUUUAUCUUAGUAAAGUUUAGGUACGUUUCUAUAUUUCUUUUUUUACCAGCUAUUUUGUUUGCUUUUCUCAAUACAUUAUUUUGCAUAGUAGUAGAUACGUUAUAUUUUCAUAAUGUGAGUUUAUUACAGGCUUUUCAGGUUGAUUUUUCACGAUUUCAGUUAAUCUGUACACCUUGUCGGUUUUUAUCUUAUAACUCUAACUCACACCAUGUUUCUUCUCAUGGCUUACAUUCUCGAUUUACACAUUUCUUUAUUAAUUGGCCUUUAAUGUUUGGACCUGUUCUUGCCUUACGCUUAUUCAUUCAACCUUUACGACGUCGUUCAUUAUCAUUGUGUAUUGCUUGGAUCAGUGUGGUAUUUCCUACAUUAAUUUUAUCUAUUAUACCUCAUCAAGAAGCACGUUUUCUUAUUCCAUGCCUGCCUUAUGCUUGUUUCAUCGUUGGCCAAAGUAUUGAUAUCGAAGUGAGACGUAGAAACCGGAAAAUGUUUUCAUGUGCUUGUAUGAUUACUGUUGUUCUGUGGAUAUUACAUCAAUUUAUCCUAAUUUUAUAUUAUGGCUAUUUACACCAAGCUGGUUUAUUUUCCUAUAUGAAAACCAUUCCAAAUAAUGUAGUUGAGUGUGUCACUUAUGUAUUCUUCAAAACUUACAUGCCACCUCACUUUCCAUUAAGUAUACCGUUUGAAAAAUCUUCGCAUUAUCCAUCACAGUCUUGCCAAUCACUUAUCGAUCUAGGAGGAUCUAAUUUGACAGUUUUGAAUCAUACAAUAAACCAUCUUAAAAUAUAUCGAAAUUUCUCAGGUAUCCUUAAACUGGCCUACCCUGGUUCUAUACUACCAUUGGACAACUCAAUUUUAUCCUCUUGGGGUUAUGUCAUUAUGUCUGAACAGUUCUUUCCACAUUUAUCAAUGGAGGAUCCACCUUUUAUUCAGCAACCUUUUGUUUAUGAAAACUGGAAAUCUCAAUUAUCAUUACAUGUACUAACAAUAAAGGAGCCCGACACCUUCGGAAUGACGAUUAAUAAUCAUGCUUUAUUCGAAACAUCAAACCCCCUAACAGAUUCUAUCAAGCAUUUACCAGGGAUUGCGUUUGAAGGUCGAGUACCUGACCAUUUUCAAAAUGGGGAGUUAUUUCAUGCACCUGCUUCACUACCCAAAUUGACUCCAUCCCCAGAAAUUAAGAGUAGAUCUCACUUAUCCAGGAUAAACAAUACACCAUUGGUUUUGAAUAUUACUAAUCCGGCAUUUUCAACAAUUAGUUCAUCCAGAUCAACAAUUACCAAUGAUUUUAAUGGAUUAUGGACGUCAAGUGUCCCACUGUCUAACCAUAUUAUCAAUAAAAAUAAUGAUUAUUCACCAAUGCUACAAAAUAAAAGCUUCACUCCGAAACCAAUGUCCACUCAACAAGGUUCUCUUACUCCAACAAAUAUAAUCAAUGAUCAAACAGUUGUUAAAACCCUGAAGUUACCGAUUUGUUCUGUGGUGAAUAGUGUUCCUGUUACCAUUCCGAACCAUAAUACUUUGUCUGCAUCAUGUGCUUCUCCAGAAAGUGUAAAAACGGCUGUAUCAAAUCGAACAUUGUGUUUUAUGAAUUCGAGGAAUGACGCAAAACCACCAAGUGUAUGUGUUCAUUCAACAUUAAUUCAUCAACGAAUCCAGUCGAGUGUUUCAACUUCAGGUUUAAAUUCUUGUGAAACAAUACCUUAUUAUCAUUCUCAUCUACUUAGAAAAUCGGGGAAUGUUUCACAAGUUACUGUUAGUACACCAGAAUCUGCAAUUGUUGAAACUAAUCAUUUGAAAGAAUUAUGUCCUGACGUAACUAAUAUAAAAAAUCACAAUUAUGUAUUCGUUCAACAACAAAAAUCAUCAUCUCCAUCUAAAAAUAUAUUCCAUUGUGAUUAUUGUACUUUCACGUCUUCAAAUGUCGAUCGUCUCUCUCGACAUAUCAGUGCCCGGCAUUUAUCAUCGCUUGAUCAUCGGAACAAAGAGAAAGCUUCCUACAUUCAAGUUCAUACAACAUCUUUAUCGGAUAUAUCAAAUCAAAUUAUUAAUACAUCUAACUAUUCUACAUCAUCGACCACUAUUUCCACUUCAUUACUACCGGUUACUUAUUCUACUGCUUCAAACUUAUCAGAAACAACUGUAUCUAGUACUCCGUCGACUUCUACACCUCAAAAUAAUAAUAAUAAUAUCAAUAUUAAUAAUAAUAAUAAUGACAAUAAUGACACUGGAUCUUGUGAUAUAACUCCAUUUGAAUUGUUUCCAGACAUACCGGUUACCGUUACUGUAAAUAAAUCUACUUGUGAAAAUCCCUCAUAUAAUUCUGCAUCAAAGUCAUUCAGUCGUCGUAAACAAAGAUUUCCAUUUAAAAUGCCUAGUGGUUCAGAACAAAUUCAAUUACCGGUGAUUUAUGCACAUAAUCGUUUUUUUGAUUUACCUAUUGAAAGCAUUGAAGAAUUAUCAGUGAAUAAUAAUAAUAAUAAUAAUAAUAAUAAUAAUAAUAAUAAUAAUAAUAAUAAUAAAGGAAAUACAGAUUCAAAUGAAUCUUCCGGUUCAUCUUAUGUAUCUGGCAGUACAUUAGAUGAUGCUAGUGAUGAAAAAGAUUUAGUGUUCUUAGCAUUUACACAUAAAAGAUCAUCGCAAAAAAGGCUACAUUCUUCAGAUGAUACAGAAACAAAUCCGUUUAGUCAACAAAAAGCUAAACUUCGAAAGAAGUGCAUUAUAAAGAAUCGUCUUAAUGUCACACCAAUAGUUGAUCAUGAAAAAUCAAUUAAUUUCUCAUCGUCUAGGGAAAGUUCAAAUCAGAAAAUUCAAAUAGAUUUAACUAAUAAAGAAUCUACUCUUUUACCUGUUAACUCCUCUUUGUCACUACUUGAUCUAUCAGUUACACUGGAACGUUUAAAUGAAAUUCCAGAAUAUAAUCACACUGAUCCAUCCGAUUCAUUUAUUGUAAAUAUAAGUUCCAAUUCAUCUGAAUAUUCAUAUCAAGAUAUUCAACAUUCAACAUCAAGUAAGCAUGAAAAUCUUGAAUUGAAACAUCAACAAUUAGAAGAUACAUUCCCCAUUUCAACUGAUCAUUCCAGUCGUAACAAACGAGGAACUGUGUCAAGUAAACAAAAUAAACUAAAUGAAAACUUCUUUGAACAAAUUGAACAAAAAUCAUCUCCACUCAUAGUAGAUUCUAAUCAAAUUGAAAAUCUUAAAGUAUCAAAUAAUCGCCGAAAACUAUCUGAUUCGAAAAAACACGCUAAACAGAUUAAAAUUCCUGACGAAUUGUUGACUUUACAGUCUCGAAGUGAAAUGGAACCGGAUGAUAUUCAAGUUGAUAUUUUGACAGGAGAAUUAUUUGUUAAAAAUAUACCAUUGCGAUCUUUAGUUACCGGUUUGAAAGGUCCACGAUUUUAUCAGUUGGAACUGGAUUCUAAAAAAUACCUACCUCGAGGUGUUCGUAGUCAACCGUUUAGAAAUUCUAAAUGUCAACAUCCUUUUUCAACCAAUUCCAACAAAGUAAAUAAUGUUAAUAGAACAAUUACAACAACAACCAAUGGUAAACGAUCAACCAAAGAGAAACGCGCCAUCCAUUAA